AUGAAGCUUCAAUUGCUUUUGAUCGGUUUAUUUUGUGGUUUAUGUCUCAGUUUACCCGAAAACCAACUUCAUACGGGUCAGGAAAAUCUCUUUGAGUGGCUGGGAUCUAUAUUUUUACCAACCACGACGACAGUUACUACCGAAUUAGAUUCUACUUCGACUACAACUUCAACUUCAACUUCAACUACAACUAGGAGAACCACAACAACCACAACUACAACUCCAAGACCCACAUUGGCAAGCUAUCCCAUAGAAAGGGACUGCGUUUCAUGUCGCUGUGGCCUGAUUAAUACCCUGUAUAAAAUCUUUGGGGGCCAGGAGACCCGCGUUCAUCAAUACCCCUGGAUGGCUGUGAUUCUGAUCUAUGAUAGAUUCUAUUGCUCCGGAUCACUGAUCAAUGAUCUAUACGUCCUAACAGCAGCACAUUGUGUGGAGGGUGUUCCUCCGGAAAUAAUUUCCCUGCGAUUUCUCGAACACAAUCGCAGUAAUACCAAUCAGGAUAUAGUAAUCCAGAGAUAUGUCUCCAGGGUAAAGGUGCAUGAACUAUAUAAUCCCCGAAGUUUUGACAAUGACAUAGCUAUUCUGCGUCUCGAUCAACCCGUUGAUAUGGAGAACCAUCGCCUAAGACCCAUUUGCCUGCCCGUGCAAUCCUAUAGCUUUGAUCAGGAAUUGGGUAUAGUCACUGGCUGGGGGGCUCAGAGAGAAGGUGGAUUUGGCUCUGAUGUUUUGAGGGAAGUGGAUGUUGUGGUGUUAAGCCAAACCGAUUGUCGGAACUCCACAACCUAUAAGCCGGGUCAAAUCACGGAUAAUAUGAUGUGUGCUGGCUCUGUCUCCGAGGGAGGGAAGGAUGCCUGUACUGGUGAUAGUGGUGGCCCACUUCAGACCACCUUCGAUGAACAGCCAGGACAAUAUCAACUGGCUGGGAUUGUGUCUUGGGGCGUGGGAUGUGCCAGACCCCAAUCGCCGGGAGUUUAUACCAGGGUCAAUCAGUACCUUCGCUGGCUGGGAUCUAAUACUCCAGGAGCAUGUCAUUGCAUUCCCUAUCCGGAAGAGGAUUAUUGA